CCUCAACAACUCCUUUUUCGUCUCAUCUUCCCGCCACGAUCCCCGCGCCAUCCCUUCAGGAUCUGCCGCCCUGCUACACGAGCCGUUUCACGCGCCGGGCCAUCCCAACCAACCGGAGGCUCAAUUCUCUUUAGCUGCAUUCGAACCUUGUGCAGCUACUUUGCCAUGUGGUGCAUACCACAGAAACUCUCGAGUCCCAAUCCCCACCGAGUUAUCCGUUGAACGAGUGUUCGGACGGCACUCUGUCAGCUUGUCACCAGAAAGGCGGGAAUGAUGCGCAGCAGGGAGGGGGGCUCAGCCGAGGAAGGUUUCCCAUAUCUUCCCGGGCCCAGGCUGCCAAACGAAACCUCGCUGCAAGAUAGGAAUCUCGUGAAACCAUGUUCAGACCCUAGCGCUCGCGCUUCUUGGGGGGCAAGCAGGAAGGGACAAGAUUGCAUGGGACCGACGAAGGCUUUUGGCGUCAAUGGGAUGGCGCUUGGAUGCUCAGCGACGGAUGAUGGAUGACGGAUGACAGGCGACAGAUGGGCUGGCCUUCGUCAUGGGCCGAGUAUAAGGGUCCAUCUGCCGUCCUGGUCUCUCAUAUGAAGCGAUCACCUUCGAUAUUGCUGCAUCGACUCUGGUGAUAUCGUGGUUCCUUUCCGUGUCUUUCCUCUUUCCAUCUCCCUUCGUUUCAUUGUCAACACACCCUGCUGUGCAGGCUUUCAUUCUUUUCCGAUACGCUCAUUUACUACAAGUUUAUCUUUUUUCACUUAUCACCAUGAUUUCUCAAACCGCAACUUUUCUGGCUUACGCCACACUUCUCGCGUCCGCCAGCCCUCUCGGCCUCCAGCGCAGAGCCGUCACGGAGCUCAACGAGGAGGCCACAAAGGAAGCGCAUCCCCGUGACGACACCGCCACGCGCGCUUUUUCCGACGUCCAGAUCAAAACAGCUGACGGCAAGUGCCUCUUUGUCGACAAGUUAUCUGGAGACUUCCGGGCGAACCUCACCCCGAUCCAGGUAGCCGAGUGCGGAGCGACGGACGGACAAGGUUGGGACGUCAUCACUGCUGGAAAGCACAAUGAUCAGCUCAACUCGAUGCUCAUCGUUAGCACUCUCACGCAAGCUUGCUUCAACUUUGAUCCCCGUCGCGCGGCAGGUAACCAGGUCAACCUCUUCUCCUGCGGCGGACGCGCAGCAGGCGAAGGCCUGGUGACGGACUCCCAGCUCUUCGCCGUAGACAGCGGAGCGGGACCCUCAACCUUCCAGCCCAAGAAUGAGAAGGGCAAGUGUUUCGCGGUCAAGGGCAAGGUGGUGGACAUUGCGGACUGCAAUGCCGACGACAAAGCCCAGUCUUUUGCCUUUGGCGGGAAGCCUGCUUUAGUCGGCGGAGGAGCCGGGGCGGGAGGUAACGGAACUGGCAAUGGAGCGGAUAACGAUGCUCAACAGCCUGCGCCAACUACAACAGCGGCAGCCGUUGUGACGGGAAAGCCUUCAGCCGGAUGCGAUGACAACGACGAGACCAUCACCAUGACGCUGACGACCACAGUCAAGCCCGGCCAGGGCAAUGCCCCCGUCGCGACCGCCAAACCCGAGGCAACGUCCGCUCCGGCGGUAGCACAGCCCGUCGCCUCCUCAGCCCCAGCCGCCGGAAAUGGCCAGAAGGGAAAUAUCCCCGCCGCCAAUCCCACCUCGCCCGUCCCCGUCUCCCGUGCCGGCGGCACUCUGAACCCGACCGCCGCAGCCGAGGCCAACGCCUUCGACGACACGGCCACCCGCGCCUUCACAAAGGUGGCCAUCCAGGCGCCCAACGGGCAGUGUCUCUCCAUUGACCCAACCGCCGGCGACUUCCGUCAGAACCUCAUCCCCGUCGCCGUAGCGGCGUGCGACAAGGCCUCUCCCAAUCAGCAGUUUGACGUGAUUUCCAAGGGGAAGCACAACGACGGCAAGGACGGGGCGAUGCUCAUUGUCAGCAGCCUGACCAACGGGUGCGUCAGCACCGACGGGCGGCGGGCGGACGGCGACACGGUCACGCUUUUCUCGUGUGGUGGUCGUGCUGCGGGCGAGGGGCUUACGAAUAGCGGGCAGCUGGUCAAGGUCUUUGGGGACAGCUUCUUGUGGUCGCCUGUGAAUGAUGCGGCUACGUGUGUUGUCCCUGGGAGUCAGGGACGUUUGGUCACGGCUGCUUGUAAGGGGGACAAUAGUGAGACGUACAAGAUUGUAGCCUAGAGGACAGGAUAUGUUUGUCUAGGUAGCUUGAUGUUUGUGAGUGAUCCUGCACAUGUGGUAUACUUCUUUUCUUCGUCGUUGACGACAGUUAUACUUGGGAAUUGGAUUACCCGGGCAUCUUUAUGAGGGAGAUUGGUCAGGUUAGGGAGUACAUGGAAUUAGACGAUUAUCAGCAAUGUAAGGGACAUGAUUCUGCUUCAUGUCAAAGUCUGCCAAUUCCGAACGGCACUCAAGUUCCGAGAUAUGGACCACGACGACUAGUCAAAAGCUUGACAUUACUUUCCAGUCUGAUGGGUCGAGGCUAGACUCCAGACUGGGUCAUCUUGAGGUGAUCAUUGCAGCAGGG